UCUUUUGUUUCAUUCAUAGCUCACCUCACAGAGCUGCACCUGUGUUAGCAGAGCACAGGUUGAACAAUGGACGCUUUAUACAGUCUCCUUGGCUUUGAGUGGCUGGACACCAGGAGUGUCUUGAUAUAUUUUUGUGUGUUUCUGCUGCUGAGCAAUAUCUUAAAGAACAUAAAACCAAAAAACUUUCCUCCAGGACCACAGGCUCUGCCAUUUAUUGGAGAUCUUCAUCGCAUCAACCCUGCCAGACUUCACCUGCAGUUCACAGAGUUUGCAGAAAAAUAUGGCAACAUUUUCAGUCUCCAUGUCUUUGGAAGAAGGACGGUGAUCGUUAACGGGUACAAACAUGUGAAAGAGGCACUUGUUGAAAAAGGAGAGGACUUCAUGGAUCGUCCCUCCAUUCCAUUGAUUUCUGAGCUUUUCAAGAACCAAGGCAUUGUGAUGUCUAAUGGUAAUCCAUGGAAAGUACAGAGGAGGUUCGCUCUUCAUACGCUGAGGAACUUUGGUCUGGGGAAGAAGACCAUGGAGCGAUACAUCCAGCAGGAGUGCCGGUAUCUCACUGAGGCGUUUGCUGAUCAGCAAGGCAAGGCGUUUAAUGCCCAGGCACUGAUCAACUACGCUGUGUCCAACAUCAUCUGCUGCUUGGUCUUCGGGAGUCGAUACGAAUACAACGACAAGCAGUACCAGACUAUCCUUCUUGACUUUAAUGAGCUUGUGAGCUUACAAGGAAGUUUUUUCAUACAGAUGUACAACACAAUCCCCUCAGUAAUGAAAUGGCUGCCAGGACCUCAUCAACAAGUCUUCAGUCUCAUGAAGAAGAUAACUAAGUUUAUAGAAAUUCGGAUCAAAGAACACAGAGAGAACCUUGACCCGGCAUCUCCAAGAGACUACAUCGACUCCUUCCUCAUAGAGAUGGGAGAGAAAGAGGACAAAGAUUCUGGUUUUGAUCUCGUCAACUUGAGUUCUUGCACUCUGGAUCUGUUUAUUGCUGGAAGUGAAACUACAACCACCACGUUGCACUGGGGGCUGCUGUACAUGAUCUACUACCCUGAGAUUCAAGAGCGCGUCCAGGCUGAGAUAGACGCCGUGAUCGGUCCAUCCAGACAACCCGCGGUGACCGACAGAGAGAACAUGCCUUACACUGACGCCGUCAUCCACGAGAUACAGAGGAAGGGAAACAUCAUCCCACUGAAUGUGGCCCGCACGACAACUAAAGACACCACCCUGGAUAAAUACUCUAUUCCAAAGGGAACCUUGGUCAUGGCGACGCUUCACUCUGUCCUCCAUGAUGAGUCCAUGUGGGAGACUCCACACUCCUUCAACCCUCAGCACUUCCUGGACCAGGACGGUAAAUUUAGGAAGAGAGAAGCCUUCAUGCCUUUUUCUGCAGGUAAACGUGUGUGUCUCGGGGAGCAGCUGGCCAGGAUGGAGCUGUUCCUCUUCUUCACCUCCCUCCUCCAGAGGUUUAAGUUCUCGCCUCCUCCAGGAGAGAAGCCCAGUCUGGAGUACAAACUGGGAGGAACUCAUUGUCCCAAACCUUACCGCCUCUGUGUCGCACAACGUUAAGCCAACAGAAGUGUUGACAGAACCUCCUGCAUCCAUUACACUGUCUCUGAAAUCAAAGAUCUCAGUGGCAGCUGUGUCUUAAAUCCUAUUUCUAUUGCAGCUAUUAAGAUAUCAAAACUUUAAUCUGCUGCUUUUGUGAAAGUUAGACUAUAAGUCCAUAAAACUGAAUGAUUGUUGAGACUUUUCGAAUAAAUUGUGUAGCAAUAUGUUUGUGUAAAUUGUUGAAAUUGACAGUGUGAACUAAAUGGCCAUAUUUUUAUUGUAAAAGGCAUUUAAGCUUUCUGUGGAACCUCGUGUGUUGCUUGAAUUUGUUCAACAAAUGACAAAAUGACAAACCUGCUGGUGGGGAAUUGAUCAAAAUGAAACCUUCCUUUGAAAACUAUUUCUGGAUGACAAGCCUAAUUAGAAAACACACAGACAAGAUAACUAAAUAUGUAAAAUGGAAAUGAACAGAUACAAAGCAUCUUUUUGGUCAAUAUUUACAUUGGAGCAUGAUAGUGGCCUUUACUGCAUUCAUAGACGUUUAGAUAAAGUUGUUAAAUCUCGAUGAAUAUGUGACUGUUUAGCAUAAUAUGACAGCUGCUGACUGAGAACAGGAAUGACUUUUAUUUAAAGAAUCCAUUCUGCUAACGUCUAAGAUAUGUCAUUGUCAGUGUCAGGGAUGCCUCAUAUUAUGUAAUCAUGCAUCUUACCUGUUUAAAUCAGUUUCUGUUGGCUAUGAUUCAUGUCUGCUCAGAGAUUUAAUGUUUUUAAUGUAAUGUCCACUUCCUUAAAAAGAAGCAUGUUAUGUAUUUACAUGAGAUAUAAUAAAUUACACAAAUGACCAACA